AUGAGUGGGGCAGCAGGUAUUGAGUGUUGGACUCUUGCUCUUUCAGGGGCUGGUGACCUUUGAGGAGGUGGCUGUGUAUUUCACCAGGGAAGAGGGGGCUCUGGUGGACCCCACUCGCAGAACCCUUUACAGAGACAUCAUGCAGGAGAACUAUGAGAAGGUGACCUUGCCGGGGUUUCCAGUUUCCAAACCCUCUGUGAUCUCCCAGCUGGAAGGAGGAGAAGAGCCGUGGGUCCUGGAUCUCCAGGGUUCAGAGGAAAACGAGAUCCUGAGAAGUCCCUGGACAGGUGAGGAAACAUUAAACCAACCCAGAAACUCAGGUGAUGGGGUGGUGAGGGAGAGCGAGGAGCAGAAUCCUCACCAGGAAGAUGCUGAGCUUGCCGAAGUGCAAGGGGAAUUACUGCGAAGAUCCAAAGGGAGCGUGACCAGCCCCCGUGAUCAAGGAAAAGCUGAUGAAAGUUACCAGAGACGAGAGAGAGCAGGGAAACCACUCAGAGGAGAGAGUGGAUGAACCCAUUAAUUGUCAGGGAACUCACAGGGACCUCAAGGAAACUACAUCCCAGGAGAAGAUCCUCACGGAGAAGCGAGAGAAUACGUGUAGUGAGUGUGGGAAAAACU